UCCUCUCAACGCCAAAAACGAAAAUGGGCAGAGAUCGAAACGUUGCGGUCGCAAGAAAAUCAGUAGAUGAAGAAGAAGGAGAAGUAGAACAAACCGAAGCUCCGUCUAAUAAGAGAAACCAUUCCGAUUCCGGUUCCGGUUCCGGAGAAGACAGGAGUAAGUCUCGAAGGAAAGCGCGGGAAAGUUCCGAGUCGGAAGAGGAAGAGGAUGGGAAAAGGCAGCACCGGAAAAGCGAGAGGAGAAAAAGGAAAUCGCGAAGGCGGUACAGUAGCGAAGAGGACUCGGAUUCCGAGUCCGAGUACUCUGAUUCGGAAUCGGAGGAGAGCGGCUCGGAUUCGGAUUCGGAGUCGGAGAGUGAGAGCGAGGGAGAGAGGAGGAGGAGGAGGAGGAGGAAGAGAAAGGAGAGCAAGCGGAGAGAUAGUGGGGAGGAGGAGAGGGAUAGGAAGAGGAGGAGGAAGGAGAAGGAGAGGAAGAGGAAGAGGAAAGAGAGACACGAAGAAGAGAGAAAGAGGAAAGAGAAGCUGAAAAAGAAGAAGAAGAAGGAGAAGAAAGAGAAAGGGAAGAAAGGAGCGGUCACGAAUUCGUGGGGAAAGUAUGGGAUUAUCAGAGAAACCGAUAUGUGGAAUAAACGGCCAGAGUUCACUGCAUGGUUGGCAGAAGUAAAACAGGUGAACAUGGAAAGUUUGCCUAAUUGGGAAGAGAAGCAGAUGUUUAAACAAUUCAUGGAGGACCACAAUACAGCUACGUUUCCUUCCAAAAAGUAUUAUAACCUGGAUGCUUAUUACAGACGUCAAAUGGAAAAAGACCUGAAAAAAGGUUUCAAGAAGAUCGUGCAAAAAGAACGUACUGUAUUCAAUGAUGAAGAACAGCGUCGGCAAGAACUUCUGCGUGAACGUGAAAAGCAAAAGGAAGAAGAAGUGGAAACUUUAAAACGGUCUAUGCAGAGUGGAAUGGCACAAGCAAUGAAAGAGCAAGCACAGCUCAGGGAGGAGAUGGCCUACCAGUACAAAAUUGGAAACUUUGAGGCUGCAGCUGCUAUUCAGAGAAGAUUGGACCCGGAUGUUGCGAUGUAAAGAUGGUUGGCUAUGUUUCGAGAAUUAAGUCGUUCGCAUCUCAUGCUUUUUGUGUUGCAUUAUUUAAGUUGCAGAGGGAUCCAUCCCCCUUAAAUCUUUACCAAGUUUCCCUGUAUCGAAAACUAUCUGCAUUCCCAUGUUCGUUGUUGUAAAAUUUUGUGCGUAGUUCUCCUCCCAAGCUUGCAGAUAUAUUGGAACUUUUAUUGCUGUUGUUUUCCUUUC